GCUUUCGACCUCACGAUAACCACGCCUAGCUGCACCUGGGAACCCACCAAAUCAGCACGCUCAAUAAUCCCAAACACCCGAAGAUGAAGUCCAUUUUCUCCGUCGUUGCUUUUGCGCUCUUCGUUUUAACCGUCGCGGCAGAUUCGAACGGGUUCAAGGCAACGCUGCGCGGCGGGCUUGCCCGACGGUCCACCCCUCUCGACUCAAUCCCCAAGUUGUUCGUUCGCCAGACCACAUGUCCCUCGGAAACACCCACUGUUUGUGAUGUGCAGUAUUGUGGACAAGUGUGCUGUGGUUAUGGUGAUGGUAAGUGGUGUCGAUAGGUUUCCGGAAUUGCUGCUGAUCGGUGCUCAGGAUCGUACUGUCUUUUUGGUGAGAAGUGCCAAACGAAUGGGUGCUGCAAGGUUGGGUACGUUGGAGAAAGGCUUUCCCUUCUGAGCGUCCACUAAUUCUGCUGCAGACAAACUUGCAUUGAUCUCGGUGUAACCGAGAGUCGUGACGAGGAUGAUGUGAAGGAGGCGGCAAAGUCGAACUCCGGUAGCUCGCGGGGUACGGGUAUUGCGGCCGCCCUUUUUGUUGGUGCUGCCGUCGCUGCGCUGUAGAGGUCACCAACGGGUAGUGCGGAAUUCUCGCUCUAAUGUGGUUGGUUUUAAUGAUGUAAUGAGGUCGGUGUGGUUCCGGAUGUGUUGAUCUAAGAGUGUUCGUUUCGUUUGCCUCUGGCCAUCAUUUCACAUCAGCUAUACACCGCUCAUAGUUGAAAUUUCUUGGUGUAAUUUUUUUUUGGCCAAAAAACUACCAUUCCGUCGGAGACUUGU